AUGGAAAUCGCAUCCCCUGGCCCUGGAAUCCUAUUUGAAAACCACUAUUCUAAUUUGUUUAAGAAUAGGUGGGAUAAACUGUACUCAUCUCUAAAAAAACCUGUUAAAAACAUAGCACUCAUUCCCCCCUUUUACGCCGAUAUUCCUCCGCAGAAUGAUGAGAAUGAUUUAGAAAAUUUCAGGGCUGACCAUUCUCAGAUUCCAGAUGACGAGCCGGCUUAUAAACUAACAGUUCUUCCCUGGUGUUAUGAAAUAGAAAUGUAUGGCUCACUAACGCCAAAAGAACGAUCUAAUGUACUAUAUAACAAGAAUAUAUUUGACGCAAAUGGCCUGGUGUCUCGACUUAACGACUACGUAUAUUAUCUAGAUGGAGCCUCGGCAUUCGCAGCCUUCUGUCUAGACGCAAGGCCAGGUGAACGAGUUUUGGACAUGUGCUCAUCUCCAGGAGGCAAGACAAUCAUUUUGGUCUCAACCAUGUUCAAUGAACAGAAGUUUAAUCUGAGCGGAAUCCCCAACGGUUCGAAUUUGUCAACAACUGAGCUCGUGGAAGCACUGAAAAAUAAAAUGAACACGGGCACGAAAAACGUGGAAUCCCUACUGGUGUGCAACGAGCCGAAUCAAGCAAGGUAUAAAAGGAUGACAGAAACAGUGAAAAGGUUCAUCCCGGACAAACUGAUUUCAGGAAUGCACAUACAGUUUGUAAACUAUGACGCGACGCUGCCGAGUAAGUUCCAAAGGUUCGGAAAAUUUGAUAAAAUCCUGAUCGACGCACCCUGCUCGUCGGAAAGGCACCUGAUAAGCAAGAGUCUGCCGUGGAGCUACAAGAACGUGAAGGAGAACUCGAAGAGACAGUUGAAGCUACUCCAAACAGCAAUAUCGCUACUCAAGGCAGGAGGAACGGUGGUAUACUGCACGUGCGCCCUGGAUCCAAUGGAAAACGAGCUGGCAUACGAGGACGUGAAGCACGUGAAUAUAGAGUACGAUGAUGUUUUGAGUCGACACCAACACUUCUGUAACAAGGAGUGCCCGGGUCACGACAAGUUUAAACCGGAAAAGAGAACGUACGGGUGUUCACUGAUGCCAGAUUUAUCAGAGUUCGGCCCUUUGUACAUCGCAAAGCUGCAAAAACAAUAA